CCCCGUCGGUCUGUCAGUGGUCUCGCGGGUUUGGAGAUGCCAAAGCGCCUCCUCGCUGCUCACGCGCGCACACACAGAGCUGGAACUAUCCACUGAUGUCUCUUCUUCGUUUAGGUACUUUAACUGCAUCUUAAAAACGUCGAGGUAAUCCACUGACAUUGGAUUUUUUCCAUUUUGUUUUAUUUUUGUUUCGAGGACAUAUACACGGCAUUGUUUUGUGAUGGGUGGUGGAAACGAAUCGCGGAUCUUUUCUCUUUUUUUGGAGACCGAAGUGAGCUUAUUUCCUACUGCUGAAAGCAAGUUUUAUCUUGAUAAGAAGCGUAUGGUCAAACAGAGGAUUCUUUAGGAGGGAAAGGAUAAUCGCUCGAGUAUACCGUAAAAGAUCCUGCAGAACGCAUAGAUUUUACAAGAGAAAAGGGGCAUUCUGGUCCGCAACAUUGGAUUUUACGUUUUGGCUGACUGAUGCAGCAUCCUUUUGGAGUAUCUUAUUUGGAGAUUUCAGACCGUUUAUUGUACAUUUCGGAGAAAUAAAUUGUGUCUUCUAAAGCAACACCAGACGAAGUUAUGGCGAUGAUGAUGAAAUAAAACCUGUAUCUUCUGGUCAAAUGACCACUUUCACUCGUUCUCCAAUCUGACCACCUUAUUUAUGACAUGGAAAAACGGGGACUCUACGGUGUCUUUUAUUAUUUGAUCCUAAAUGCGCCCCUGCUAUUCUACGUAAAUGCCUCAUUUACUGAAGUGCCCAAAGAUGUGAGUGUCGGUGAGGGCGAGGACAUAGAGAUGCCGUGCGCUUUUCGAGCCGUUGGAGUCUCGCCUUUCUCUUUGGAGAUUCAGUGGUGGUACCUCAAGGAAGCAGCCCAUAAAGAGCUCGCUCACGAACUUCAGAUUAGCGCUCCGGCCAACAGACCCAAGGUUGCCCACCGGGACGCCACGAAAAUAAGCACGGUAAGAGUCCAGGGCAACGCCAUUUCCCACAAGCUUAGCCUGUCGGGCGUCCGGAAGGAGGACGAGGGCGUGUAUGAGUGUCGGGUUUUGGACUUGUACUCUGAUGAGACUCAGGAAAACAAGGUGCAGGCCACUCUGCGCGUGACAUCACGCGAGGGAAUGCUGGCCGAGGAGGCCGUGUCGCAUAUCCAGAACCGAUGGCCGCUGAGAAACAGUAACACGGCGACGGGCGGACGGGCCACAUCCGAGCCGGGCCAGGGUCAGGGAAAACCCCGCGUGCCUCCACCGCUCGGAAUCGGACCCGCUCCCGCCUCAGCCACCACGACUGACACUGCAGUCAAGUCUUCAGCCUCGCCUCGGCCAGGCAAUUCAUCCAUCCUGAGACAACAGCACGGAUCCGGUUCCGGAACAAUGGCGACUACUGAGCCGCUCCUUUACAUCACUCUGCUGAUCCUGCAUAAGCUCCUCCCCUUCCUGUUUGCCUACUAAGAGACCACAACCAAACAACUCGCAAUUUCACUUUAUGUACCAAACGACAAAGGGAAAAAUAUUACUACGUAUAUAUAUAAAUAUAUAAAAAUAAAUAUAUCUACCAUCAUGGCACAUCACAGAGAGGGAUGGGAUGCGACGAUAAGAUCAGCGUAUGAUUCGGAGCGUAUGAAAACAUCAGAAUAAUAAAAAACAGCCAUGUUCUUUUCUGGGACUUGUGUCGGACAUUUGACUCAGAUUUGGAUGUAAAAAUGGAUUCUAUAAGAAGCAUGAUGAAAAACACACAAAAAAUGUAAGAUAUGAUAAAAAAAGGAGUCUAUGUGAAUUAGAGCUUCACAACUGUGUCAUUCACACGACUGACAUCCAUAAACGCUGCAUCAGAUUUCCAAAUACUAGUGUUUGCCUUGCUAAAUGCAUGGCUUUUCUAUUUUAAUUUUAGGGGUUUUAUUUUUAUUUUAAGAUUUUACAUUUCAGUUUCAUCAUUGCUCUGAUUUAACAAUAUGAAUAAUUGAAUCAUGAAUGCCUUCUAAUUUUAAUUUGAUGAUUUAAUUUGUAUGGUUUAUUUUUACAUUUCCCAACCUUUUUUCUUUUCUUUUUUUUUGUUUCGUUUUUGCAUGAAUGGUUUCAUUGAAGUAAUGUCGAAGAGGACACUCUUUCAUGUCAGUCCUUUCCACAAGACUGUGUGUAUUACUGUGUAUUCUGUUUCCUCACAUCUGACUUUUGAGUUCUCAAGCUUUUUGGUCUCAUAAUGUAUAAAAAUGCAACCUUAUAUAUUUUGAUCAAAAAAGACAUGUUACCAUAGUUGUUGUUAGUCACCUCUAAUGUUUAUUUUUAUUAAAGGUAUGGUGGUCAAGAAAAAAUGUAAAAAGAAAAAACAUUGGUAUGUUGCCAACAUCAGUUGAAAUAAAAGUUGUUUCUUUUUUUUUAAAA